CCCUUGCUUUCACCCACUGCUCUCCUUCCCCACACCAUUAAUUCCAAGCUCCUCCUCUUAUAUCAUUACUCUCCUCUUUGAGCUAAUUUUUGAUUCAGGAAGCCAUGUCGACGACCGUGGAGGAGAUCCGUAAGGCUCAGAGGGCCGAGGGACCGGCGACGGUGCUCGCCAUCGGCACCGCCACCCCUGCUAAUGUCGUGUACCAGGCUGACUACCCUGAUUAUUAUUUUCGAAUCACCAACAGCGAGCAUCUCGCCGACCUCAAGGAGAAAUUUAAGAGAAUGUGUGACAAGUCAAUGAUCCGCAAGCGCUACAUGCACGUAACCGAGGAGAUCCUCAAAGAGAACCCCAACAUGUGUGCAUACAUGGCUCCAUCACUGGAUGCCCGGCAGGACCUGGUGGUCGUCGAGGUCCCGAAGCUCGGCAAGGAGGCGGCCGCCAAGGCCAUCAAGGAGUGGGGCCAGCCCAAGUCCCGGAUCACCCACCUCAUCUUUUGCACCACCAGCGGCGUCGACAUGCCCGGGGCCGACUACCAGCUCACCAAGCUGCUCGGCCUUCGCCCCUCCGUCAACCGCUUCAUGAUGUACCAGCAGGGCUGCUUUGCCGGUGGCACCGUGCUCCGCCUCGCUAAGGAUCUUGCUGAGAACAACCGCGGCGCUCGUGUUCUCGUUGUCUGCUCCGAGAUCACUGCUGUCACCUUCCGAGGCCCCUCCGAGUCCCACCUUGACAGCCUUGUCGGUCAGGCGCUCUUCGGUGAUGGUGCCGCAGCCCUGAUCGUCGGUGCCGACCCCGACCUAGCCAUCGAGCGACCGCUCUUCCAACUCAUCUCGGCUAGCCAGACCAUCCUCCCCGAUUCUGAAGGCGCCAUCGAUGGCCACUUGAGAGAAGUGGGGCUUACCUUCCACCUACUGAAGGAUGUGCCCGGGCUGAUAUCGAAGAACAUCGAGAAGAGUUUGGUUCAGGCUCUGGGGCCCAUUGGGAUCGAUGACUGGAACUCUGUGUUCUGGGUGGCGCACCCAGGAGGGCCGGCAAUACUGGACCAGGUGGAGGAGAAGGUGGGACUAAAGAAAGAGAAGAUGAGGGCAACAAGGGAGGUGCUGAAGGAAUAUGGGAACAUGUCGAGCGCUUGUGUGCUCUUUAUACUCGACGAGAUGAGGAGGAGGUCGGCGGAGGAAGGGUUGGCGACCACCGGCGAGGGGUUGGACUGGGGAGUGCUCUUUGGGUUCGGGCCGGGGCUGACGGUCGAGACUGUGGUGCUCCAUAGUAUGCCCGUUGCUUCCCGCUGAGCUCUCUAAGCUCUACCUCCUUCUCAAUGAAUGGCCCUAACUGUGACCCUCUGCUAGGGUAGUCUGUGGUGCACUUUUGCAUGGUGCACUGGAUGAUUUCUGUGUUCCAUUUUAAACUUGGUAUUUUGCUGUUAUGUGUUUUAGUAUGUGACACAGAGAGUGUUAAGCUCCAUUUGUCUAAUUUAUGAAGUAUGAAAUUUGAUAAGAUUUGUUCAAGCCCGAGUUGUAUUCCA